AAUGUAAAAUAGGACUGCUAAUUCAAAAUAAACUGCAACAGGAAGACCACAAAUUUAGCCAAAUGCAAAUGCUCAAUAAACAAGAGUAAUAACACAUAAUAAUGUUAGGCUCCACCAUAAAUGAUUCAAAAUAUGGCCAGAGUAACAGAUCCUAAACAUGUACCUAAAGAAAUUAGAGAUUAAUUUUUAAAGAAAAUUCAUUUCUGUUCUUAACCUUAUGAUUUUAAUGAUGACACAAAAAAUGUUAAGGAAAAAUAGGAACGUUCAUAAUACUUAUAGGAAUUAUUUGAUUUACUAAAGGAACCUAAUUUUGUUGCUAAUUUGGUUGUUCCACAUUUAGAUUUGAUUGUAGAAAUGAUUGAAAAGAAUAUUUUUAGGCCUUUGCCUAUUUUAAAGAAAACAGCAACCAAUGGAGAAAUUGGUAUGGAAGAUGAUGAUGUAAAAUAUCUCAUUUAUAAAAAAGCAACUCAUAGAUCCAGCCUGGACACAUCUAUAACCUGUCUAUGAAUAUUUCUUACAAUUAAUUGUUAAUGAAUAACCUGAUGUUAAAUCACUUAAAGUAUUUCUUUUAUAAAUUUCUUAUAGAUUUUCAUUACUCAUUCUUUUAUUCAAGAAUUCCUUGAAUUAUUUGAUUCUGAAGAACCUAGAGAAAGGGAAUACUUAAAGAAUAUUUUACAUAGACUAUAUGCAAAAUUAGUACCAAGAAGAAAAAUGAUUAGAAAGGCAAUAAAUGAUUGCUUCUAUACUUUAAUUCAUGAGACCUAUAAAUUUAAUGGAGCAGCUGAACUCUUAGAUAUUUUGGCUAGUAUUAUUAGUGGAUUUGCAGUUCCUUUAAGAGAAGAACAUGUUAUUUUCUUUAAAACUGUCAUAAUUCCUUUACAUAAAGUUUAAACUUGUUAGUUUUAUCAUGAAUAAUUGUUAAGAUGCUCAAUGCUCUUUCUAUCAAAAGAUCCAACUUUAGCAACAUUCUUAGUAGAAGGUUUACUUAGAUAUUGGCCAUUUGCAAAUUCAGCUAAGGAAGUGAUGUUUCUUAAUGAACUUUUAGAAGUAUUAGAGGUUUGUGAAAUUUCAAAAUUAGAACCUUUGAUUCCAAAAUUAUUUAAGAGAUUAAUUAAAUGUAUAGCAGGACCACAUUUAUAAGUGGCUGAUAGAGCUAUGUGUUUCUUUGAAAAUGAUUAUUUCCUUACUAUUCUGAAGAGUUAUAAGCCAUUCACAUUUCCAUUAUUAGUACCAGUGAUUGCUCAAAUAGCAGACACUCAUUGGCAUAAGGUUUUAUAGGAAUCUUUGAAUGCUCUAAAGACAAUUCUAAAAGAAAUUGAUUACUAAGCAUUUGAUAAAGCUUUGAAUAACAAAGAUCCAAAAUAUUUAUAUAUUAUCUAAGAUGCCAAGAAUCAAAAGAAAGACAGAUAAAAGAUUGAAGAGAAAGUAUUAAUUUUACAUUUAUAAUUAGUGGAAAAACCUAACUAAAUAAGCAAUAUAAAAAAAUCCUAAUUUCAAAGAGCCAGUUGUUCCAUACUCAGAUACCCAUAUUGUAGGAGAACAUAAUGGUCUAAAUAAUGGAAAUAUUACAAUAUUAUGAU